GUAUUGUAGCACAUUAGAAGCGUGUGAGUUUUCCUGGCACACAUCACAUUUAAUUAAUUUCAUUAGAAAGAUGUAUUACACGGCGCAGUUUAAUGAAAAAACACAAUUUACAGUUCGAUUUAGAAUUGAAGGAAGAAAACACAUUUUGAAAGAAACAUUUGAAUCUGGUGCAUAAAAUAAAUUGUGAUCGUUGGCCAUUGAUUUUGAUGUUUCUAUCCAUAAAUAAUGCAAUUAAACAAAUCAUUAUCUCCAACUGAAAAUACAUACAUUUCCCACGCAAAAAUAUCAUCAUUCGCAUUUGGUUGAGCGAAGAAAAAAACAAAUCGGCUUUCUAUUGGAAUAACAUUUAAAGUAAUGUGCUUUUAUCCGUGCAAACGGACUAUUGAUUUGUGAAAAUGUUUUUUAAUGGUGAAAUUGAUGUGCCUUAUUUAAAUGAUCAUUUGCUGACGAUUCGACGAAAAUGCUGAUUUAUUUUGAUGAUUAAAGUGGCAAGAGUUUGUGAAAAAAAAAACGUGUAAGAAGUCUUGACGAUUUCAUCAGUUGGUUCCUUCUCACCGCACGUACAAUAUUACCAAAGUAUCGCAUCUGCUUGCUGUCCGUCACAUUACCGCGUGUAUUUCAGAUGCCGUGUGCUAUACGGUUUCUCUUCUCUAUCUCUCUUCCUUUCUUUCUCGUUCUAUGCUUCCAAAUGUGCAUGCACGUUGCCGUGACUGUGAGUGUGUGUGUGUGCGUAGACCAAAAAUGGUUCACAUACGAACGGCAAUACGCUUUGCAUGUGUUGAGGCAGACUUUUCAAUUCUUCUCGUCGUUUGUGUUCUAUUCACAAUUCGUCACUUUGUUAUGCCGAACAUUCAUUUAUAUGAAUGGGAUUGUUGUUAGAAUGCGACCAGUAGAGAAAUGUAACCAGUAGAAAAAAAAAACAUACAGCUCAAAUAAUCGCUCCGCGUAGUUUUGGUUGAACAGUACAAUAGAGAAAAGCCACUAAUAAACAAUACCAUCACGCAAACCAAUUUUUCAACCAAAUUCAGCGGUGAAUAUGUAAUUAAAGUGAUCAAUUCGUGUUUCUAUCGUCAAUCCACAUUUUUUUAAAUUUAGAAGUUUGUUAGACAACUACACAGAGAUAUACAGACAACAGUGGAUAGGAUAUUAAAAAAAAGCAAAUAUGCCGACAGCAAAUAAUUUACAAUCACCGACUGAGGCACCAUUGGUGAGUCCAUCGAGUGAGGUGGUGCCAGCCACAGAUUUAGAUAGUGCGGACAAUGGAAAAGUUAAAAUGAAGAAGCAAUUAGGAUUAGUUGAAGGCACAGCAAUCAUUUUGGGCAUCAUUUUUGGAUCAGGAAUUUUUGUGUCACCAAAGGGUGUUAUCAAGGAAGUAAAUGCGGUCGGAACAUCGCUGAUUAUUUGGGUGAUCUGCGGUUUUCUGUCGAUGAUCGGCGCACUUUGUUAUGCUGAAUUGGGAACAGCACUUCCAAUUUCAGGCGGUGAUUAUGCAUAUAUAAACGAGGCAUACGGCGGAUUUCCCGCUUUUCUCUAUUUAUGGGAUGCUUUAUUCAUUUUUGUACCGACGACGAACGCUAUCAUGGGAUUAACCUUUUCAAACUAUGUACUCCAGCCAUUCUUUGAAGAUUGUGAUGUUCCAGUGGAAGCAGCACAACUUUUAGCUGCCGCAACUAUUUGUUUCCUCACAUUCAUCAAUUGCUAUGAUGUAAAGUUCACAACAAAGCUUCAGAAUGUCUUUAUGUUCACCAAAAUUGCGGCACUCGUUAUUGUCAUCAUUGUUGGGGUAAUCUACAUGUCAAUGGGAAACAUGCAAAAUUUCGAUAAGCCGUUUGCAAAUACAGAAACCGAUCCGGGAAAACUAUCGAUUGCAUUUUAUUCGGGAAUUUUCUCGUAUGCCGGAUGGAAUUACUUGAACUUUAUGACGGAAGAAUUGAGAGAACCGUACAAAAAUCUACCUCGUGCUAUUUACAUAUCAUUGCCAUUGGUGACGGCAAUCUAUGUUCUGGCAAAUAUGGCAUAUUUGGCAGUUUUAUCAAGAAACGAAAUGCUUGCCUCGAACGCUAUCGCCGUGACAUUUGGAAAUAAAUUGUUGACAUAUGGUGCCUGGGUGAUUCCACUGAUGGUGGCCAUUUCAGCGUUUGGUGGCCUUUGCGUGCACAUUAUGGCAUCAUCUCGAAUGUGCUUUGUCGGUGCUCGAAACGGUCAUAUGCCGUCUUUGCUGUCACACAUCAAUGUUAAAACAUUCACACCAGUGCCAUCGCUUGUUUUUCUGUGUAUUUUAUCACUGUUCAUGCUGAUAAUUAGCGAUGUCCAUGUACUGAUAACGUACAGUAUGAUUGUGGAAUCAUUCUUCAUUAUGCUUUCAGUGUCGUCGGUGUUGUAUUUCCGAUAUAAGCGACCGAACAUGAAUCGACCAAUCAAAUUGCCACUCAUCAUACCAAUCGCAUUCACUAUAAUCAGUGCAUUUUUAAUGGUCGUUCCAUGCUAUGUUGCUCCGUACGAAGUUUCCAUGGGCAUUUUGAUUACCGUUGCUGGCAUCCCAGUCUAUUAUUUUGGCGUUGUUUGGAAGAACAAACCGAAAUUCGUUCAAGAUGCCAUCGACAAUGUGACGAUUUUCUGUCAAAAAUUCUUGCUAUCUGCCAAAGAAGAAUGUGAUUAACCAGAUUUGAAUGUUUUAUGACAAGAGCAAUUAACACAGUCGCCGAAACUGAUACUCAUUUGUAUUGGAUAUUGAAAUCGAUCACUGCAUCAAAAGACAAUAGUAAUGAUAGUACACGCUUCGAUUUUGAAUCUCUGUGUCGAAUCAUAUUGGAAUAGUUCGAGUCUAAAAAUAUUUUUUUAUCUUCUGAAAUUAUGUUUAAUUAAAUCAGCAAGCAAACAAUUGUUCAUAUUUCUCACAAAUUUCUCAAUCAUUUGUUUCAAUGUAUGUGACAUGCAACAAGUGCUAAGGUCAGAUAAUUAGAAUUCCCAUCAUCACGUUUUUUUUUUAUCGUAGUUGUUUUCGUUUCAUUUAUUACUUAAUUUGUUUUUUUUUUUUUAAAUCUGAGAAAUUUAAGUCUACAGUACAAGUAAUUGUAAAACAGAUGUAAAAAUGAACAGAUUUAAACUAAAGAGAGAUCAUCUUAAAAUUAAGAAUCGAUUUAUUUAGGAAUGAAAGUUGUAUAUGUAUUUUUGAAUUCUCUGAUCACAAUCACAAUAUAUAUUUUAACAAAAUAUUGAAUUGCAGCGAAUUUCGCAAUGGAGUGUGUCAAUUAUAAUUUACGUCUAAAGGACGCUAAUAAAGAGAAUCGCUGCAAAGCCUAUUACCACCAACUUUAUUCAAAA